CUCAGACUUCCUAGUAGUGAAUGGUUACACGUUCAGGAAAAAAAAAGUAAUUAACAACAAGAAUAUCUAGAAACGUACGAAAUAUCGUGCGGCGAAGUUUAGGUCGCAUUGUCAUAUGAUGUAUGAAUUUAUUACAAAAGAGCCGACGAAACACAAUCAUGUUCCUUAUAAAUCUAAAGUAGAUGCGAAAAAGGCAGCCAAUGUGAUAAAAGAUCGAGCAGCUUUCCAAACAGAUGCGACACAUCAAAUUGUGGCUACAGUGUCAAUUGGUUUGUCGCACGUAAUAUCAGCUCAACUCCCAGCUGAUAAUGUAACGAAACAGAUAUUUCGACGUGUACAGCAUGAUAGUCAAGCUUCCUUUCCAAAUCCAGGUUCUUUGAAUGUACUAAAUUUACCUGAAUAUAAGGCGAUUGUGAGGAGAGAGAAUUCCCUACAUCAUGAUAGUAAGGCGGGUGACAAAAGAAUUUUAAUAUUUUUGAUAUAACGGAUGUUUAAAAUAUUUUUUCUCUUUCACGUAUAUUAC